GUGACUCGACACAGUUUGUAGCAGCCACGUUAGCAGCAGCAAAACUAACUACUUCGUUCAUCAUGACUGAAACAUCAGUAGCUCCAGCAGCUGAGGUCCCUGUGGCCCAGACUUCAUCCAAAAAAACCAAGGCUUCUAAAAAGGCCGCAGGAGUUAAAAAACCAGCAACUAAACCGAACCAUCCACCAACUGGUGAGAUGGUAAAUGCAGCCAUCGUCGCUCUGAAGGAAAAAAAGGGGUCUUCGCUAAAGGCUAUCAAAAAGUAUAUUGCUGGCAACUACAAGAUUGAUGUCGAUAAGCAAUCUACCUUUAUCAAGAAAUACAUCAAAUCUGCUGUUGCCAAGAAAACUAUUGUUCAAACUAAGGGCACCGGUGCUUCGGGUUCAUUCAAGCUUGUUACCAAGCCUGAGGGUGAGAAGAAAAAAGUUGUUAAAAAGCCAGUAAUAGCAGCAGCAGCAGCGGCGACAGCUAAGAAAUCAAUUGCCGCUAAAAAACCUGCAGCAACUAAAAAAGUUAAAACAAUAACUAAAUCCAAGGAAGGUACAACAAAAAAACCAAUAGCUGCUAAGAAGCCGGCAGCAGCAAAGAAACCAGCUGCAAUGAAGAAAGCUCCAAUUAAACCCAAAGCUGCUAAACCUGUUAAAACAAAAACUGCAAAGACACCAACAAAACCCAAAGCACCCAAAGCAAAGAAAGCCGCAACACCGAAGGCUAAAGCUGCUCCUAAAAAGUAAAUCUUCUAGCAUUCCCUGUUCUCUUUAAUCAGUCCUUUUUAGGACUAUAUAAAUAAACGGCCCUUUUCAGGGCCACCAUAUCAUUUGAUGUAUAACAAGCAAUUCAUCAUUGUCUUAAUCUUGUCUGCAAGUAAUUUAAUCCAACCAGUAUUUAUUAGAAAAAAUAAUGCGACAAAUAAAAAUUGUUACGCUUAUACAAUUUUUAUUAAUAAAAAAUAA